CGCUCACGCGCGCGCUCCCCGGGAACUCCCGCGGGUGGCUCGGCGCUCUCCCGGAGGCGCUCCCGAGCCGCCGCGGACGCCGCCAACAUGGCCGAGACGAGCGAGGAGGUGGCGGUGCUGGUGCAGCGGGUGGUGAAGGACAUCACCAACGCCUUCCGGAGGAACCCGCACAUAGAUGAAAUUGGCCUGAUCCCAUGUCCUGAAGCUAGGUAUAAUCGGAGUCCCAUAGUCCUGGUUGAAAACAAACUUGGCGUGGAGAGCUGGUGUGUCAAGUUCCUUUUACCGUAUGUCCACAACAAACUCCUUUUGUACAGAACAAGAAAGCAGUGGCUGAACAAAGAUGAAUUGAUAGAUGUCACAUGCACCCUGCUACUUCUAAACCCAGACUUUACCACUGCGUGGAACGUGAGAAAAGAGCUGAUCCUCUCUGGCACUUUAAAUCCAAUUAAGGACUUACAUCUGGGAAAACUGGCCUUAACUAAGUUUCCAAAGAGUCCAGAAACAUGGAUUCACAGGCGAUGGGUGCUACAACAGCUAAUUCAGGAAACCUCCUUGCCUUCCUUUGUGACCAAAGGAAACUUGGGAAUAAUUCCUGCAGAAAGGACACAGCAACUAAUACGAGAAGAGAUGGAGGUCUGUGGUGAAGCAGCAGGGAGAUACCCAAGCAACUAUAAUGCCUGGUCCCAUCGCAUCUGGGUUUUACAGCACCUGGCCAAGCUAGAUGUCAAGAUUCUUCUUGAUGAACUAUCUUCUACUAAACACUGGGCGUCCAUGCAUGUUUCAGACCACAGUGGAUUUCACUACCGCCAGUUUUUAUUAAAGUCUUUGGUUAGCCAAACUGUGACAGAUGGUUCUGUAUUGGAGCAAAAUACGUUGAGAAGUGAGCCAGCUAUAGUUCUUCCAAAAGAUGAAGAAGCAGUGGCUUCAGCAGAGGAAUCAAGGAUAAAUCUUCCCCAUCUUCUAGAAGAAGAAGUUGAAUUCAGCACUGAUCUUAUUGAUUCCUACCCAGGACAUGAAACCCUUUGGUGUCAUAGGCGGCAUGUUUUCUACCUUCAGCAUCACUUAAAUGGUAGGUUUCCUCACAGCGUGGUCCAGUUGUCACCUGCAGACAGCCCAGGGGGGACUUUGAGUGACUUGCACCUCAUCCCAGCAGGACCGCAUACAUCUCAGGCAAUGGAGGUGGAUGGACUCAGUGACUCUAGCAAGCAAGGCUAUUCCCAGGAAACCAAACGCCUGAAGCGGACCCCUGCUCCAGACUCCCUGGGCCUGGAAAUGGAGCACAGGUUCAUCGAUCAAGUAUUGUCCACCUGCCGGAACGUGGAGCAGGCCAGGUUUGCCAAUGCAUACAGGAAAUGGCUGGUUACAUUGAGUCAAUGAAAGAGGUGGAUUAGUCCUGCAAGGUUCCCCUUUUAGUGCAAUAUUGCUUUCCUUUCUUAUUUACAUAGUUGCAUGAACUGUUUGCUAUUAUUGUCUAACUAUAUGUGCUUCAUCUUUAGGUUAAAAGUCCAUAGUAAAUCUUUCAUUUUAUUUAUUUUGUUAAGAACUGGCAUUCCUUUGGGGAUAAAAUAAUUGUGUAGUUCCUUCCUGCUGAACAGUGAGUCUUAAUUUUUUUCUUUUAAACUUCUCAUCCUUUAUAUUCCUGUACUUGAGGCUUUUCUCAUUUGGUUCUCCAGAUUGGUUCACACACACCUCAACCCACCUCAGUGUGGUUGCUGCAUAGGCUAGUUUUUUUUUUUUUUAAAUUAAAAAUGUAUGUUGUAGUUUAGCUUAAGAACAAUACAAAUUCAAAAUUACUUGAUCUAAUUGUUGUUUUGAGAAUCAAAUGGCCAGAUGGAUGGAUGUGUGAAAAUACACACCAUUUCUCUUUCUCUAGUAUGUUCUACUCAAGUCAUAGACCAACAUAACCAAAGUCAGAAGUAUUGGAAUUUAUAUGAACAACAUGCUUCCAAUAUAGUCCAUUUUAAAAAUGGUUAUUUUUUAAAAAAAUAAUUUUAAGAGUUUAUGUAAUUGUAGUAGAAAAUUAUUUUUACUACUAGCUUUGAUAGGUUGUUUUUACCUCAAUUAAAAUCAAUUUUAAAAAAACCUAGAAUGCUGUUUUUAGUUAUUACUACUUACUUUCCUCCAGAUUCACCAUGAAAAAUGGGAAGCUUAUGCAUAGAAAUGUGUCCAUUAAAAAUCUUCCUUUUUAAAAUUUAAGUUAUUAAGGAUACACUGGAUAAACUAUAAAGUUUUUGUGAAGUGAUUAUUAAAAGUUUACUGGCAAAAGCCAGGGGGGAUGAAUAGUUUUGAAGGUUAGUUCUUCAGUCUUUAUUUUAAAAAAUAAAACAGUUUAAAAACUUUGAUACUAAAUUUAUCAGGGACAACGUACCAAAGUAUCCACCUUUUAGCUGUAUCUUAUCUUUUCAAUAAUAAGGGCUGGGUUUUUUAGGUAGGUGAGGCAGGUGUGGGGAAAGUUCCAGGUAAUGUCUAAUGUCUUAAUAUGAAAGAAUGCUUUGCAUUUCUUCUUUCCACACACCUUUCUCUUUAUUUUCCCAUUCCAUUUUUUUGUCAUCUCCACUUUUGUAUAUUUUUCCUUAUCUGUUGUAUUUCAUGGAUGUGUACUAAACAUAAUCUCCUCUCUGUUUCCAGUUAAUUCCAUACCCCAUUAAACACACGCACACAUACACACACACACAAUAUGAAUAUGAACUGCCCCUCUAAAAGUUCCCCUAAUGAUGGAAGUUGUCUAUUAUCUUGUGUGUGUUUGAAAUGUAAUAGUGGCAGAAACAAGUGUGACCACUAUGCUUUGCCUGUUUUCCUCUUUAUUUGGUAGGUCACCUGUAGGGUGAGAAGACAGAUGUAGGGAAAAGCAGACCUCUCCUAUACCACUGUUACGGAGACUCUGGACUUGAGUGAGGAGCAUUUCUUUAAGGGAAAAGAAUAGGUCCUUUACUUGUAUGUCAUGAUUUUGUUGAGUGGCAAACUGUCAAGUGAGACUUAAGAACACCAAAAAAAUUGUCUAGACUGGUCCUUGUAGACAGAAGCUGCCUGUCCUUCUCUCUUAGGGCAAAAUUUACCCUUUUUUAGCUUUUUAUAGUAUUUAGGUGAGAAAAUGAUUGGCAUUAUGAGCAUAAAUCUAUGACCCUUUGUGUACAAAGCAUAUUUUGAUUCAAAUACCUCAAGGUCUACCUAGACCUCUAUGGAUAAAACUAUUAAUUUAUGAUUUUUAGCACCUGUGGGGCUUGGGGGGCAGACUACACACAAAUGACAUGGAAGAUUUAGCACAUUCCACUAAUAUAUGUUGCCAAAUUCUGGCCUCACUCAGUAUUACCAUUCUUCCAAGCAUCAUUUUAAGUAUCAUCAUUUUAAGUAUUAAGUAGUAGGGCUUCUUAUGCUUUGAUGUGAGAGUGUUGAGACAUGAAUACAGACAAUCCUCUGUGAAACAUCAGCUAAAUUUGAUAAUGCUCCACAUCUUUUUAUACCUUCCACAGAGUCUCUUGCCCUUCUUUGAUGUUAACUGCCUUCAUGUGUUUUAAGUCUCUUAACCCACCCUUACAUGAAGCCAUGCAGUCCUUUAAUAUAUCUUGGUCUCCUGUCUUCCUAAUAGCUUUAAGUAGGGAGUAAAAAUACAAAUAUCCAAAGGAUACUGUUUAUAUCUGACUUUUGUGUGCUGCUUUAUUUCUAAAAUUUGCAGUUUUCAAGUGUUCAUUCACUGAAAAACCUAGUAUUGCCCUGGAUGGUUGUAUUUUUUCCCUAAAUGGUUCACAUCUAAACUCACUAGCUGUAGCACGAUAUUAUCUCUUGGAAUGAAUGAGCUCAUGCAGUGGAAAGGAUGUGUCUAUUUUUAGGGACUCAUUAGUCUUCACUUAUUUUUCUAUAAAUAUGUCAUUGUUAAAGGAAAAGAUGAUUUAGAUUGAUACAAAUGUCAUCCAUCUUUCACUGGAAGAAUUGUAGGCCAUCCUGUGGAUCAAGAAUACUACUGACAAGCAAAAAAGCAAUAAGAUCUGUAAAUAUCUCUACCACUACCCUCCCCAACCUGACUUUUUUUUUUUUUUUAAGUGUACCUAUUUUGGUAACGUGUUCCCAGAUUCUGUGUGCCUUGCACAUUGUAAGGACUCAUUAAAUAUUUAUUAAAUUUAUGAAUGAUUUAACUGAAGAUGAGAAAGAUCAAUCAUGAGUGAUACAUAGAGUGAGUUAUGAUUGAGAAAUUGAUGGAAUAGAGCAAUGGAUUGUGAAUGAAUGAUGUACUCUGCCUUCAUGAUACUUAGGGGGAGCUAUUGCAUAUAGAAUAAGUUAAUUUAGAUUUUUUUCCUGCAUUAAACUACUUUGUUUAUGCUUGUUAAAUCCCAGCCAAGAAAUGCAGCUGUAUAAUAUCAAUUAACUGUACUAUAAUGUAUAUUAAAAAUUCAUAGAAAAAUGAAGAACAUUUGCAAGAACACUACUUUCUAUUCACUUAUGAUGUUGGAGGACAGAUCUUGCCAAUAGAGCCAUAGCCACUCUUGGAGUAUCUGAGGAAACUGAUUUCAAAGACGUGUUGAUCUGUAUCUGUGCAUGAAUAGUCAUUUUAGACUCAAAACCCUUUCUUUUCUAGGUUUUAGCAUUUUAUUACCUCUUUGAAAACUCUGGGCCCAGACUUUUGAGUCAUAUCUCUUAUUCCUAUGGUACAAUUCUAAUUUAAAUUAAAGGCUUCAUUAUUUAUCGGAUUAAAUAUACAGGAGGUCACUCAAAGCCACUUAAGUCUUCAGAUAAGGGCUUAUGUAACACAAGAUGUGCAAACAAAAGUUCUUGGAUUUUCAUGUGGCAUUUUGUAGGAAAGCAUAUAUGGUGGUAGGCUGUGUCAUUUAGAUAUAUUCAGGUCAUGUGAAUUCAUGCUUAUUUAGACACAUACCUACAUGUGUGUAAAAACUUUUAAUAUUUUUGAGAACAAAUUGUCAGCCUAGUAUUUUUCUCUUAAUAGCACAAGAUGGUAUCUGACAUGAGGGCUAAAUAUAAUUUAGGAAUGCAACUACCACUUGCUAUGCAGCAAUCUCAUUUCUACCUUAGUUCCCCUGUAUUAGAGAAGAUGCUAAAUAUUUAGUUUAUCAAAGGAAGUAAGAAACACUUUUGUUUUUGCAAAAAGCUUUUGUGAGCUUAGUUAUUUUGUUACUAGAAAAUUAUAUUUUAAAACUUUAAAAUAUCUAAAGUAUGCUAGAAAAUUUGAGCAGCAUUGUAACAACUGAACUUUUUGUCUUCUAAGUAAAUUUCUCAAAAAGAACUGUGCAAACCCUAGCACUUUACGUGCUGCCGCCUCCCUGUACUUGAGUAUACUCUGUAAUGUGCUCCUUUUUAUUAGAGAAGUUCAUGGAGGCACAGGAAAGCAUAGGCAAAUUCAGUGUUAUAAAGGCAGUGAGCAGGAAAAAUCAACCCUGAGAAUUCUCCUUACCAUCACACAGUGUCUUUUAAAAAAUAACUGUAUAUACUGUGUUCAUUCGAGUGCCUUUCUUUUUGGGGGAGCAAGAUUAUAUUUAAGUCUAACAUUUAGGUAGAAAACAAAGGAUGAAAAUUUUAUUAAACAGUUGAUUGACUCAUUAUUUUAUUUAUUCCACUUGCUAGGCAUGGCCCAAUGGAAUAUUUUAUCCUUAAGUGAGUUACUGAUAAGAGCAGGAAGGAUGCUUUGGUUUGCAUGUCAUUAGUUAUCAUUUUUAAGCACCCUACCAGGAAGAAUUAGUUCUUUCUCAGUGACAACUAAUGUUUUUGGGGUUGGAGGCCUCACAUUUAGAGGACGGCAUAUGCAUAAAGAUCAGCCAAAAACCUGUGCAGCCCAUGUUUAAAGGGAAACAGUGGCCCUCUGCCCUAAAAGAAGCGCCAUACAGUUGUCCUAAAUGAAUCCUUUGCCUCAUCUUAAGGACUUUUAAGAACCCCAUCCCAAAUUUAGUCCUACGUAAGAUAGUUGAGUGGGGGGGAAAAUGGAACCUUAAUCUUUUCAAAUAUUGGAGGAAAAGAGGCAAAUACUGAGAUGAAAUUUAAAAUGUGGCUUUUUAUGUAUUUGGGUAUGGAGAGGGGAGGGAUAGGAGUUCCAUAUUUCCAGAUAGCCAAUAAUUGUUAAUUGUAAUUUCAUUAAAAUAUAUAGCUUAAGAUUCCAAAGUGCUUUUCGGAGAACUGUCGAAUAAUGUAUUCCUAACGGACAGCAAUAGGUCAUGUUCAUAGUGGAAACAGAAAACUGUUGUGUCAGUUGUGGAUCUGGGGGGUAGGGACUUCAGGCUCCCAACUUUGACUUCUGUAUUCUCACUAGGCCAUGUUAACACUGUAAAACCAACCCUUUACUUAAAAAAAGAAAAAAAAAAAUAGAGAGCAGCAGCUUACUCUGCUGAUGAAAUCUUGUGCUUCCAAGAAUAUUAGCUAUAUAUAGCUUGUGCUUUCUGGACAAUAAUAUGGUCCACAAAGCUAACCCUGGCAUUUCUUUUUAUUAAUCUGUUAUUAUUUCUCAGGGUGUAGGAGAUUUAGUAAAUUUAGGAUAAAAUUUUAUAUUCAGUGGCCAAAAAAAGGCAAAAAUAUGCUAAGUAUAUUACUAGCUCUUAAAAUUUUAGUAUAGAUAGUAUUUUUUAUAAACUACUACCAGUGCAGUAGCUCUGUGACUGCCUCAUUGUUCAUCUCACUGCUUCAAUCCCUGUGGUUCUAUUAUGAAUGUUCUCUUACACGUGUCUUCUACGGAAAUGGCUUCUGUAUUGCAUUAUUUUCCAUGUUUUGCAGAGGUAGGAGUGCUUUAGUUGACAUCAAUCUCAGUUUUUAGAAAUUCUAUUGAGAAAGUGAUUACUGUUGGUUUUCAAACUGACAACUCUUUUGCUUCUUAAAACUUCAGUUUCCCUGAAAGAGUGCUUUGUGUCAGAUCUUGUACACGUUCCGUAUGUUGCAUAAAGCCUUGCACCUUGUAGGAAUUCAACAGGUCAGAAUUGUUAAAGGCUAGAAAGUUGAAACUAGCUUAUUUAUCUCUGUCUUAUCAUCGUUGUCCACAUUCUUAACUUCAGGAGAAAUACAGUAUUGUGCUGAAGAUACAUAAUCAGGUUCAAACAUACAAGGCAAAGAUAUACAGCUGUACAGCAUUGUAAGUGCAAUUUAGAUACUUUUAAGGCAUACAUAUGUGUGUGUAUUCACAUAUAUGUAUAUAUAUUUAAAUGAGAUUUGGAAUUUCAACUUAUAUACUGGUUUUACAAAGAAUUUUAUCCAAAGGACUUUUAUUUUCAUACUUGCUUGAAGUGCUUCUGUUUAAAGGCAGUUUUCUUUAUUAGACCAGCCCCCUCAAGCAAAGUUGGAAACCUAACACAAGUGCCCAUUUGCUUGAAUUAACCAGAUGUUGCUGUAAACUGUUUAUAGUAAGUCUUCGGUUGCUUGCGAACCAUGACAUUUUGACUUUUCUUCCAUACCUUUAGGGAAUCAGCCUUAAUUUAAAGUAUGGCAGUCACUUUCCUCAAAGUACUAUGCAGCAUACUUCAAAUGUUUAUUUAUCUUUAUAAAGUGAUCAGUAAUAAAUUUGAGGUUUUUCAGUGUCAUAGGGAUGAACAAUUUCACAUGUCCAGUUAUUGACUCAUACAGCAUUCUGUUAGAAAUGCUAAUAUGUUAUCCUCCCUCACAAAUGUCAUUUUGCAUUUGGAGCAGAUAUUUUUUUUCUUGUUGGUUGAAGAAUGAGUAUAGGCUGAAUGCAAUCAUAGUAGGUGCUUAAUAAAUAUUUAGUUGAUUAUUAAUCUAACAUCAAAGUAACAGCUUUCAGAAAGGAGACUGUUGUCAUCUUUUCAUUGAGGAGUAUAUUUUUAGAGUAAUAUAUGUUUGAAACUGAAAAAUUUUCUCAUUUGACAUGAAUUAUUAGGCUUAUUUAGGUUGGAGUUAGUAACGUGUAAUAAAAAUGCUGUUUAUGUAGAAAUGGUCUGAAGACAGGAGAUGUGAAAAGUUUAAGUAGUAUCUCUUUGUGCAAGGCACAUUCAUAAAUGUGAUUAAAUGUCUUAAUAGGCUGCUGAACUCUAGAGAGAACUGCUGUAGUCUUCUGCAAUCAUUGGUAUAUCUAGUAUUAUCUAGUAUAGGUACUGU